AAUGGAAUAGGUUAGAAUAAAAUAAUGUAAGCAAAAGUGUAUCGUAUGAUUGCAUAUCUUUUACGAUGCUCGAUCAAUGGUGCCACUACUUCAAGCUAGCUUGGGAUGAUUUCUGUCACAGUGAAAUCAUUAAAUAUAUAAUGACAUCCAAAUUAGGAAUUCUUAUUUCUAAAUUGGUUUUCGAUGUUAUUAUUUUUAAAAGAACCUGUGCAUUAUGUUACGCCUUUUAAACUUCUCAUAACAAGUCUAACUACCGUACUUUAACGAAAUAAAGGUAAAGAGAAUGGCUCGGCCAAAGCAUAGAGUUAACACGGAUAUAUGCGCUGACUGCGGAGCACUCGAACCAGGAUGGGCUUCAUUGAACAGAGCAAUUUUAUUAUGUGAUGACUGUUGUGGUGUACAUCGUAGCCUUGGUCGUCAUAUAUCUCAAAUAAAAUCACUUCACAAGAGCAUUUGGCAUGCAAACCUCCUUAAUAUGGUACAUACAUUGAAUGAUAAUGGAGCAAACAGUAUUUGGGAACAUUCCCUUUUAGAUCCUAGUAAUUCAAAAAUUAGUAGAAGAAAGCCUCAAGCUAAGGAUCCACUACACCCAAUAAAAGCUGAUUUUAUUAAAUCAAAACAUCAACAUUUAGCAUUCAUAUUACGUCCAAGUAAAGAAGAAUGUUGUAGUGAAGAAGAAUUAAGUAGACAGCUGCAUAGUAGUGUUCGUACAAGUAAUUUAGAAACUUCUUUAAGAUUACUUGCACAAGGUGCUAAUCCAAGUUAUUUUUACAAGGAAAAGGGUACAACACCUUUACAUGUAGCUGCUAGAGCUGGUCAAGCUUUGCAAUUAGAGCUUUUAAUAGCUAAUGGUGGUAAUCCUAGCAUAAUUGAUUCAAAUGGGCAGACACCUGCUGAAAUUGCCAAAAUGGCAGGACAUAUGGACUUAUCUGACCGUCUAAUUGAAUGCAUGUAUGAAUUAACAGAUAGACUAACAUCCUUUAUAUGUUCACGUAAACCAAACCAUAGACUGGAUGAGCAUAUAAUUAUACCUGAAUGUACAUUAUUAUUGGAACGAAGUGAUCUGUGUUUAGAAGGAAGGAAUAAGUUACAAAUGUUAUCGAAUCAUUUGUUGGAAGAAUUGGCAAUGGAUGUUUAUGAUGAAGUAGACCGUCGAGAAAAUGAGGAAAUUUGGUUUGCAUCUGCAUCCUUACCAGAAAAAUGUACAGUGCCUUUCCUACCAGUGAACCCACAGCUAUCAUCAACAAGAAAUCAAGGUAGACAAAAGCUAGCAAGAUUUACACCAAAGGAGUUUGCUACACUUAUUAUAGAUUUUCUCAUUGAGGCUCGCAGAAGACAUAUGCUUGCAAAUAAUGCACCAUUACAAGAUCCAGCUAUUUCUAUACUUCGUAAAGAGCAACAUGGAAAGUAUGGAUCACAAAUGUCUGAUGAUGAACCAUUGUAUGAUAGUGUUGCUUCUGAUGAUGAUUAUGCAUUGACAUCAUCUGACAAUGCAGUGCCUGAAUAUUCCGCGCAGUUUAAAAUGGAUAACGAGGAAGCUUUUGCACCAUUAGCUAAGGGACUUCCAUCUGUCGUUGAAGUUUUAAAAAAACAAUUAACUCUCUCCGAAUCUACUAUCAAGGAUCUCCGUGAGCAAAUUCAUACUCUGCAGAGUACUGUAGAACAACUGACACAUGAAAAUAAUGAACUGAAGCAAAUGAUUCAUGUAAAAGAAUCUACUGAUGGAGUUAUUAAUGGUCAUGUUAGUGGAGAACAAGAGCCAGAACUAGAACCAGUGCUUGAUAUAAAAACAUCUCUUAAUAGGAGCAAUCAACGUCCUGCGUCUAUGUAUGAAACACGAGAAGGUUUGCGAAAACCAAAUUCGUGGUCAACGUCUAUUUGUCAGGCAAAACGAGAUUCAGAGACAAUAUCUCGCAACAACACACAAAGUUUAUGGGAAUGCGGUGCUCCUAAUCUUCCCCCUAGCGAGGAAGUUACUCGAAGAACUGAACAAGUUACAAGAAGAAUUCAGGAACUGUGGAUGGCCAUGCAAGAUCCAAAACAACGAGAAGCUUUUGUACCUUGUGCAGAAAGAAUUCGUGUUGCUGUUGCUGAACUCACAGCUAUAUUUCCUCAAAAUCCUAUUGAGGAAAACAUCAGAUCUGCUCUGCGACAAUUAAAUGGUAAUACAGGUAGACUUCAAGCAGAAUGUUCUGGUCUUCAGAGAUGUACUAGUGAUAUAGAACAUAUGGACAGAUGCCUUCAGCAAGUACGUUCAUGUGCUUAUGAUAUUGCCAAAGCAACAAAGCUUCUUGUUACCCAAUUUUAAACGUAACAGAUCAAAGGCAAAGUAUUACAAAUUAAAUAAUUCUUUCAUAUUUGAUGUAUAUAAA